ACCGGGGAGGUGUCAGGGGACAGCGUUUUCAGUGCGGGAAUCGAACCAAAGACACAGCCUGGUUUUGUGUUUUAAAGUGUGUGUAAACGAUAUUUCUAUAGAAAUACAUGUCAUUAUGAGCGGGAGUGAUUAAUACGAUUAAAGAGGAGCCUGUCAGUGUGUAAAUAAACUGGAACGUCUUUGACAGCCUCCACCCCAGGAGCCUAUAAUGUUACCGGAAACAGCCGAACACAGCCGACGCCUCCCGAGGGUGUGUGUGUGGACAAAGUGUUAGGGAUGCUGCUCUUUCAGAGCGCGGCUACCGCGGACGGUCAGGGAGCAGACCGCUGGCUUACCGGGAACACUAACCAACGCUGAGGCGGGGGAAGCUCCACGCACAGCGGCAGCUGAGCGGAGGAUUUACCUGACGCUCCGCACGGUGCAUUUACGGACCUUUUUCUUAUCCACCUCGGGGAAUUAGACCAAGUGCUGUGGGACUGGAGGAAUUCCAAGACUCUUUGCUAACUGUCUGUAAUCUUGGGACCCCCGUGCGUAUCAUUUCUUCAACAUCUUCUCCGAAAUGCAAACGUCUAGGAAACCCUAGAACAUGGACAGUGUGCAGUAGGCAGUUACAUGUGGGGGGAGAUGCACAGCAAACAGCCCGGGGAAGACUCAAACCUGUGACACUGCAGCACAACUCCAGCCCGUGCUACAUGGAUUGCUUACUCAAACAGGAGGGCACGAGGGCUCUUGUGACGAAGAACUGAAGCUGGCAGAGGCGUCUCAGUAUCAGCUGUAUCAGUGAUGUCAGGCAAACAAACGUGUUCUUCUAUGAACCUGUGAGGUCAUAGCCAUCUAACAGCAGCAUCAGCACCAGAGGAGAGUUUACCAGCAGUCGGACCAUGGACCUUAGAUUUAGACGACUGUCGCCUCUCACCAGGGCGGCUCUUCAUCUCCUGCUGCUGGCCAGACUGGUGCUUCUUUCUCACACAGAGAGCACGCCCAGCUUCAUCAAGUCCCCCGAGGAUCAAACGGGGAUUUCGGGAGGAGUGGCGUCGUUCGUAUGCCAGGCGGUCGGUGAGCCCAAGCCUCGCAUUACCUGGAUGAAAAAGGGGAAGAAAGUCAGCUCCCAGCGCUUUGAGGUGAUCGAGUUUGACGACGGCUCAGGCUCAGUGCUGCGUAUCCAGCCGCUGAGGACCCACCGCGAUGAGGCCAUCUAUGAAUGCACCGCCACCAACAGCGUGGGAGAGAUCAACACCAGCGCUAAGCUCACUGUCUUAGAGGAGGACCAGAUACCGCACGGCUUCCCCACCAUAGACAUGGGGCCCCAGCUGAAGGUUGUGGAAAGAACGCGCACGGCUACAAUGCUGUGUGCAGCCAGCGGAAACCCCGAUCCAGAGAUCUACUGGUUCAAAGAUUUCCUGCCUGUGGAUAUUAGUAGCAGCAAUGGGCGCAUUAAGCAGCUGCGAUCAGGUGGUACACCAAUAAGAGGAGCGCUUCAGAUUGAAAACAGCGAGGAGUCGGACCAGGGCAAAUAUGAGUGUGUGGCUGUCAACAGCGCUGGGACUCGUUAUUCGGCUCCGGCUAACCUUUAUGUUCGAGAUCAACGGGAAGUUCGCCGUGUGCCGCCCCGUUUCUCCAUCCCCCCCACCAAUCAUGAGGUGAUGCCCGGAGGCAGCGUCAACCUGACCUGCGUUGCAGUCGGCGCUCCCAUGCCUUACGUCAAGUGGAUAAGUGGUGAAGUGGAGCUGACCCGGGAGGAUGAGAUGCCCAUUGGCCGCAAUGUACUGGAGCUCACCAACAUCCGCCAGUCUGCCAAUUACACCUGUGUGGCCAUAUCCUCCCUGGGCAUGAUCGAGACUACAGCUCAGAUCACAGUCAAAGCUCUUCCCAAGAUGCCCACUUCCCUCACUGUGACAGAAACCACAGCCACCAGUGUCACCCUGACGUGGGACUCCGGCAACCCAGAACCUGUGUCCUACUAUGUUAUUCAGUAUCGUGCCAAAUUGUCUGAGAACGGUUUCCAGGAAGUAGAUGGUGUCGCCACAACCCGCUACAGCAUUGGUGGCCUCAGCCCCUUCUCUGAAUACGAGUUUCGUGUCAUGGCUGUGAACAACGUUGGCCGGGGUCCUCCUAGCAGCAUCGUGGACACCCGUACAAGUGAGCAAGCACCCUCAUCACCACCUCUUCAUGUCCAGGCACGCAUGCUGAGCUCCAGCACCAUGCUGGUCCAGUGGGAACCUCCCGAAGAGCCCAAUGGCCAAAUCCGGGGCUAUCGGGUCUACUACAGCUCAGAUCAUGAUGCCCCGCUCAGCGCCUGGCAGAAGCACAACACAGAUGACAGCCAUUUCACCACCAUCUCGGGCCUGACGACAGAUAUCACCUACAGCCUGAGGGUGCUGGGCUUCACCUCAGUGGGAGAUGGGCCUCCCUCUGACACGCUACAGAUCAAAACCAGGCAGGGAGUUCCAGCUCAGCCGUCUGACUUUGACGGUGAGGCUGAGCUAGACUCACGCAUCAUGCUGUCAUGGCUUUGGCCUGUCCAGGAACCCAUCAUUAGCUUUGAACUGGUGUACUGGGAAGCCAACAAUCCCACAGACAAGCACCGCGUCACUUUCGAUGCAGCAGGCUCGUAUGCAGUCGAUGGUCUAAAGCCAGACACGCUGUACAUCUUCUCCCUGGCAGCCCGAUCUGAGAUGGGCUUAGGCGUCUUCACUCAGCCUAUUGAAUGCAGGACUGCUCAGUCCACCCCAUCAGCCCCACCCCAGGAAGUACAUUUGCUCAGCCUCAGUUCCACCAGCAUCCAGGUGAGUUGGGUGGCCCCACCCACAGACAGCCAGCACGGUGAGAUUGUUGGCUACUCCCUGGCCUACCAAGCACUUACGGGAGAGGACCAGAAACGCCACCAGGUAUCAGGGAUUGGUGCUGAUAUCACCAGCUACAUUUUGGAGGACCUGGAGAAGUGGAUGGAGUAUUUGGUGUGGGUGAGGGCUCACACAGAUGUUGGGCCAGGUCCAGAGAGCUCUGCAGCUAAAGUCAGAACCAAGGAAGAUGUGCCUGGAGCUCCUCCCAGGAAGGUGGAGGUGGAGGCCCUGAACUCUACUGCCCUCAGGGUGAGCUGGAAGCCCCCGCUGUCUGUGAAGCAGCAUGGGCAGAUCAGAGGAUACCAGCUGGUUUACUCCAGGCUAGAGAACGGGGAGCCUCACGGCCAGCCGGUCAUCCUGGAUGUUAACCUCCCUGAAGCCCAGGAGGCCUUUAUACCAGGUCUGCUCCCAGAAACAACCUAUUCUGUGACUGUGGCUGCGUACACGACCAAGGGUGACGGAGCUCGCAGCAAGGCCAAGGUGGCCACCACCACAGGAGCAGUUCCUGGAAAGCCUACUAUGAUGAUCAGCACCACCAUCGGGAACACUGCUCUAAUCCAGUGGCAGCCCCCUAAAGAAAUGGUUGGGGAGCACAUGGGAUACCAACUGCAGUACAAGAGAGCAGAGGAGGAAGCUUUCACCAUUAAACACUUCAAGAAGACAGAUGAUCACUUCACAGUCACCGGCCUCCACAAGGGUGCUGUGUACAUCUUCAAACUGUGUGCCAAAAACAGAGCAGGGAACGGGGAGGAGUAUGUAAAAGAGAUCAGCACCCCUGAGGACAUUCCCAGCAGCUACCCGCAAAAUCUGAGCGUGGUCGGCCUUACUGCUACUUCCACCAAACUGGCCUGGGACCCGCCUCCUCUGGCUGAAAGAAAUGGGAAGAUUGUGAAGUAUGUGGUGAUGUACCGAGACAUUAACAGCCCGAACAACAGCACCAACGUUACCACAGAUACACAGAUGACCGUCCACGGUUUGCAGCCUGACACAACCUAUGACAUAAGAGUCCAAGCUUUCACUAGCAAGGGCGGAGGACCUAUCAGCCCCAGCAUCCAGAGCAGGACCAUGUCCACCUCCAUGCCAGAUCUUCCCUCAGUGUUUACCAAGAACUUUGGUGUGAAGGCUGUGACAAAAACCUCGGUCCUACUGACGUGGGAAGUGCCAGAAACAUACAAAUCUCAAGUGCCUCUCAAGAUUCUGUACAACCAGCAGAGUGUGGAGGUUCAAGGCAACCUGAAAAGGAAGCUGAUCACACAGCUGCAGCCAGACACUGAUUAUUCGUUUGUGCUGAUGAGCCGAGGGAAUAGUGCUGGCGGCCUCCAGCAGCAGGUCUCCAUCCGAACGGCUCCGGACCUUCUGACAGUGAAACCAGCUCGAUACCAAAUAGAUGUAGAGGAAGGUGGUGAAGUGACUAUCAGCCUGCCGAAGGUCCCGGCUGGAGCGGCUGUCAGGUGGUACUACAUAGUGGUUGUCCCUGUCAAUACAGCUUCUCUGAGGAGAUGGGAAAACCCUGAAGACAUGGACAUACAAGAGCUUCUGGAGUCCGACGCUGACAGCAGCCUGCAGAGAAGGAAAAGACAGAGCAAUGACUUCCUGCAGCCCUACAUCGCUGCCAAGCUGGAUACGCUCCCUGAGAUCUUCACUCUGGGUGAUGAAAAGAAAUACAGCGGCUUCUACAACAAACCGCUCCCUGGACAGCAGCAGUACCGCUGCUUCGUUUUGGCUGACCUGACGGACCACGAGUCUCAGAGGACGUUUGCAGCCAGCCCUUUCUCUGAUCCCUUCACGGUGAAGAUCAGUGGGGUUAUUCGACAACCACAAGAAGACCCGGAGAUGCUGUGGGUGAUGGGUCCGGUGCUGGCCGUCAUUCUGAUUAUCAUUAUAGUCAUCGCUAUUUUACUCUUCAAAAGCAAACAAGAAAGGAAACGAACGUCUCCGGCCAAGGAUGAGCACAUGGCAGGAGUGAAGGACUCGUUGCUGGCCCACUCGUCAGAUCCUGUGGAGAUGAGGAGACUCAACUAUCAGACACAAGGUUCCAGUGUCCUCAGUUGCCCGAACACUCCAAGGAUGAGGGAACAUCCUCCCAUCGCUAUUUGUGACCUGGCCGACCACAUUGAGAGACUCAAGGCCAAUGAUGGUCUGCACUUCUCUCAGGAGUACGAGUCUAUUGAUCCAGGACAGCAGUUCACCUGGGAGCAAUCCAACCUGGAGGUCAACAAGCCAAAGAACCGUUAUGCAAAUGUUAUUGCUUACGACCACUCCAGGGUCAUCCUCACACCUGUGGACGGAGUUCCAGGUAGUGACUAUAUAAAUGCCAACUACAUUGACGGGUACAGGAAACAGAAUGCUUACAUCGCUACCCAGGGUCCGCUGCCAGAGACGCUAAGUGACUUCUGGAGGAUGGUAUGGGAGCAGAGGACAUGCACCAUCGUUAUGAUGACUCGCCUGGAGGAGAAGUCACGGGUGAAAUGUGACCAGUAUUGGCCCAGUCGAGGCACAGAGACGUAUGGGAUGAUUCAAGUAACCAUGUUGGACACACUGGAGCUGGCUACAUACAGUGUGAGAACGUUUGCCCUCUAUAAGAAUGGCUCCAGUGAAAAAAGAGAAGUUCGACAGUUCCAGUUUCUGGCUUGGCCCGACCAUGGAGUGCCUGAGUAUCCGACCCCAACACUGGCCUUUCUACGCAGAAUCAAGUCCUGCAAUCCUCAAGAUGCCGGACCCAUGGUGGUUCACUGCAGUGCCGGUGUGGGCCGGACGGGCUGCUUUAUUGUGAUUGACGCCAUGUUGGAGAGGAUGAAACACGAGAAGUCGGUGGACACAUACGGUCAUGUGACGUGCAUGCGAGCUCAAAGGAACUACAUGGUGCAGACAGAGGAUCAGUACAUAUUCAUCCACGAGGCCCUGCUGGAAGCUGCAGUCUGUGGCAACACAGAAGUCCCUGCCCGCAACCUGUACGCCCACAUCCAGAAGCUCACCCAGGUGCCCGCUGGAGAGUCGGUGACAGCUAUGGAACUGGAGUUUAAGAAACUGGCCAACUCUAAAGCACAUACCUCAAGAUUCAUCAGUGCCAACCUGCCGUGCAACAAAUUCAAGAACCGCCUGGUGAACAUCAUGCCUUUCGAGUCUACUCGCGUCUGCCUGCAGCCGAUCAGAGGGGUGGAGGGCUCUGACUACAUCAAUGCCAGCUUCAUCGACGGGUACAGGCAGCAGAAAGCCUACAUGGCCACCCAGGGCCCGUUAGCCGAGACCACAGAGGACUUCUGGAGAAUGCUGUGGGAGCACAACUCCACCAUAGUGGUGAUGCUCACCAAACUCCGAGAGAUGGGACGGGAAAAGUGCCAUCAGUACUGGCCUGCUGAGCGCUCUGCACGUUACCAGUACUUUGUUGUGGACCCGAUGGCCGAGUACAACAUGCCUCAGUACAUCCUCCGAGAGUUCAAAGUCACUGAUGCCCGGGAUGGCCAAUCAAGGACCAUCAGGCAGUUCCAGUUCACAGAUUGGCCAGAGCAAGGAGUGCCAAAAACCGGGGAGGGAUUCAUUGACUUCAUUGGCCAAGUGCAUAAAACUAAAGAGCAAUUCGGACAAGAUGGACCCAUCACUGUUCACUGCAGUGCUGGUGUUGGGAGGACUGGUGUGUUUAUUACUCUGAGCAUCGUCCUGGAAAGGAUGAGGUAUGAAGGAGUGGUCGACCUCUUCCAGACCGUCAAGACUCUCCGAACUCAGAGGCCGGCUAUGGUGCAGACAGAGGAUCAGUACCAGCUGUGCUACCGGGCUGCUCUGGAGUACCUGGGAAGCUUUGAUCACUAUGCAACAUAACCCUACCCAGAAAGAUGCCCUCAGAGGAGAUUUGUGUCUCUUCUGAGCCACAUCCACUCUGCUCCAUUGGCCCCUGCAGGCUGAUGAAGAGGCUCUGAAGAGGACUGAUGAGGAGAUGACCACAGCAGGAAUCAGGAGAGAUUAAUGGAAAGAGGAGAGGCGAUGUGAUGACCUCCCCCUCCUGGACUGGUGCCAUGAUUCUGCCACAGACCCCACACAAAAACCUCCCAAAAAACGACCCUGAAAGACUCGUACUGUACUCAUGCCUCAUUCUGAUUCCUGCGACUCCCCAAUUUCUGCCUCCUCUAAAUAGCAAAAACUAUUUUUCUGCUACUUUCAUUUAUAUCCAUCAUUACUAUGUUGUUAGCCAUUAUUAGAGUUUAUUUUGUGAUCACUUACAUUGGUUACUAUAUGUCUUAAUGGGUCUUUUCUUAAUUUGCCUCUCUUAUUUUUCUUAGUUUUUAAUAGAGGACAUGUAUUUUCAACAUGAUCCAAGUCAUUAAUACUGGACGCCGUAUAUUCACAGCUGCUAAUGAUUUUUUAUUUUAUACCACAGAUAUGAUAUUCUAAUGUUUAUCGUUAUUCGGUUGGUCUUAUUUAGAGGGGAACUUGGAGAAUGAUGAUAUCUACUAGACAGAUCGACUGAGCAAAUAAGGUUUGUGACCUGCAGUAUGAAAUAAAUCACAGCUAUGAAUGUGCAAAGACUCAUCACAUCUGAAGAACUGCAACCAUGUACAGAGUUUUUUGUCAUUAAAAAAUGUUCUCAGAGUCUUCAGAGAUUUGGAGACUUUCAGCAAAAGAAUAAUGAAGCAGUUGGAAAAGUUGUGGACUCAGGUAGACUAACACAGAUGGCCUGUUCAUGAGUUUUUUUGUGAAAUAAGUGUGACGUCAAAUGCAGAGCUCGUGCUCCACACAUAAGAAAUGAAAUUGUGACACCUGGAGAGAAAAAAAGAAUAGAACCCCAACAUCAGAAGAUCCUCUGUGAGCAACAUUAGUGACAGUGAGGACAAAAAAACUACCUUUUAACAGGAAGAGACCUCUAACAGAGCCAGGCUCAGAAACGAACAGCCAUAACUGUCCAUUGGGGGAAUGAGGGGAAAUAGAAGCGUAAAAAGGGACCGUAAAAACAAACUGAACAAAAGACAAAUUAUGGGAAAGAGCAGACAAUACUCUGGGCUGAAGUUUAAUCAAAUUGGUUUUGUUGCUUCUCCUUGAAGGAUUAACAUCACUCUUUAUUUCUGUUAUUGUCAGCAAAUGCCAUAAAAAAACCAACAGCACAAGUUACACACUGCAGUGUAGGGAAAAACAGUCACAAUCGUGACCUCCGGUAGACUUUCUUUGCUUAGCUGUGAUCAGCUAAAAUGUGCUGCACUUCUCUGCACUGUCAGCAUCAUGCAUUACUGUAAACAUCACCACAAUGCUGCAAACUAACCUGUUUCACCUUGCACUAAACUACCUGGUAUUUUUAUGCAACGUUCAAAUAACACAAAGUUGAUAGACUUCAAUUUGCUUUAAAGGAUGUUUUAAAUUUAGGGAGAAAAAAAAUGUCACAUCAAGCAUUGAUCUGAUAUCUGGAAACUCUAAAAUGGCUUAAAAAAUUACAUGUAAGCUGUGGUGAUGGUGCCAUGUUGCUCCAAAAACAACAGGAAGAGUGUUUCUGCACAGCAACAGAAAUCUGCAUAGUUAGAAAUGACUAUUAACAAGUGACUUGUGUUUGAGACCUAUUGGAGUUUGUUUUGACAUUUAAGUUGAAGUUUAGGUUAAAAUAGACACUUUUAUAAUAAUCAGUACAUGUUACCAAGUUCGGCUUUCUAGCCUGCUACUUUUUCACAUGACCACAAGGAACUAUAACACACUCUCUGGCCUAAUGUGGCUCUUUGGGAUUGUUGAAGAGGCAAACUUAAAAUGCCAAGAGCCUUACAAAGGCUCAACUGAGGGGCAAGCAGUGCGACACGUCUGGGGCUAGAAAUGUGCCACAUGUUUUAGGACUGGCAGAUCCUGUGUGGGCCAGACAUGGAUAAAAGUCAUGAGAUGGGCUUAACAUUACGAGUGUUGUGUGGGCCAGAUAUGAGCCAAAUGUCCCACAACAUCUGCCAUCUUGUCCAAAUAAGGUGGACCUGUGGCUGAACUUAUGGAGGCAGACUCAGCCUGAGUCAGGUACAUCACCCAAGGCUAAAUGCAGCUCUUAGAAAAUUUCAUGUGGGCCAAACUUUUAUUGGUGUCUGGAUAUGAGAUUUUUUUAUUCUAAAUCAUUUCAUGCUCCUGUAGUGGACUACAAACUAAAUAAACUGCAACAACAACAGGUUCUAAUAUUUCUAGAACAAAUGGUUCUAGAAAUAAGCUAAAUAGGCCCUCCGUUAAUAUUAGGGGUUACUAAUGUGAAAAAGCUCUCUGUUGUGACAUGCAGCCUGGUUUCUGACGCUCAUACUCAUUUCACAAAGAUUCUCCACAUUGUGUUUGUACAAAAACAGCCCAGUUGUUGUAAAGCACACUGAAUAUGGACUCAACAUCCUACAGUACAAGACAGUCAUAUCUCACAUAUUCAUUCAUCUUUGCAUCUUCAUCUGCAUACAUGACUUUACAUUGACAGGAUGCAUUAAACGGGAUCACCAUCACAGAUAACUCACCUCUUUUAUCACUGUGUUGCAGGCUCAGAGAACAACAUCAUUGUUCAUUGAUGCAUCUCUGCGUUUUUCAUUGAAAGAUACAGUGAGGUGGCUUUUGAAUGAUGCGGACCACUUAAAGGAUUCAUUUCUCAUAGUCGUGCUGUAGGGGUCCUAACUGUUGUAUAAACGAUCUGUUUUCUAUUAAAAGCAGAGAAAAAAUGUCUUCAAAAUCUUGAUGUUAAUAAAGUUGAAAUGUUGGGUUUUUCAUAUAAAA